AACGACAGUAUUUUACAUUUUUCUGAUGCCACUGGCACUGCCAGUGAGACUUACUAAGUAUACGUUAGUGAGGAUGACACGCGGGCGGGGACAUCGGGACAGGAGAUUUCCCACGUCCGUACAUCAAGACUUUCAACCUGCGCCUGUGCCUUCCCUGGUAGGUCCCAAUAUCUUGAGGGUUUACAACCAUGCCUAAACUCUCUACGUUACCCACAUUUUUGUCGGCACUCGUCCUCACCGCCGUGGUCGUAUCCGCUCACGAACAUCAUGAUGAACUAAGCGAAGAAGAGGCUACAGCUCCAGUCGAUACCAUCUUAUGGAUCCACAUGGGCCUGCAAGCACUUGUCUGGGGCAUUUUAUUUCCUGUUGGAAUGGUUCUCGGAAUCACACGAAGUCGCUGGCACGUUCCCCUCCAGAGUGCCGGCUUUGCACUGACAAUAGCAGGCAUAGUGUUGGGUCACUCUCAUAAAGGGCGUCAAUUCCUGCCUUCCGCACACGGUGUCUUCGCAAAUGUCCUGUUCAUCCCAAUAUUUGCUCAACUACUGCUUGGGAUCUAUCUUAAGCUACACAUACAUGAGCGCACCAUACGACCUUACGCUGUUAUCGCACAUGGCAUUGUAGGAAAAUCCUAUCCCGUACUUGGAUGGACCCAAAUGUUGUUGGGUGUGAUCGCCUUCAGAGGUUAUUGUCGGGAUCACUUGGGCCAAUGUUUAGCUCACUAUAUUAUGGGAAGUGGGUUCGUUGCUUACGGUGUUAUCAUGGCGAUCUUGCUUGUGGUGGGCGAGGCUUGGGUGAAACGAAGUGGUCGCAGCCCAGAAUGGUGGGAUUCGUGGGUUAUCACUUUGUGGGUGAGUCUUAACACUUUCACCGAACACCGUGGAUCAACGUGGUCUGUCAAGGACAUGCAGCAUACCAUCAUUGGCAUCGUAUGGUGGACGGGAGGCAUACUAGGGAUAUUUUUAUCUCAAAAUAAUCAACGCAAUGUGGUUCCCGGUUUGAUCAUUAUUUUGACUGGCUGGGCAAUGUCGCAGCACGCUCAAGCUCUGGAAAUAUCCACGAAGGUUCAUACAACUUUUGGAUGCACGCUUAUGCUCGCUGGAUUUUCUCGCAUAGUCGAAAUCUGCUUUGUCCCGUCGAAAUAUUCAGAUGCGUCCAACAGAGACGAUCAAAGUGAUAACACUCUUGCAGAAUCUACUCCAGGUUAUUCGUCAAGUGAUGAUGGGAAGAUGGCUGCUGCCAGAGCUUUCCGUCACCUCCCACCUAUCCUUCUCGUAGCGUCUGGAAUUUUGCUCAUGUCCGCUACCGACGAGGCACUUGACUAUGUACACGUCAAUGGCAUGGAUCAUGUCACUUAUCUUCUGAUUAUGUUCAGUCUUGCAUUCGCGUUGUACACUCUCAUCCUCACGUUGAUCCGCCUAUUCUCUACUACCGGAAGAAAUGCCCAAUCUUUCUCAACUACCGGUAACAACAUUGAAUUGGCCUCUCCUCGGAGCCCAUCAAAAUGGUACGCGCCUGUGCCGCGGGAUGAUACCACUACACAUGUAUUAGGACCCGAUGAGGACGAUUAAACAUAGCCAAAGUUUUGUUGCCCGGUUGUUCGAGAUGACUCAAACUAAUAGACUAAAUUGGGUCGUAGUGCCGAGUAUAACAUCAAUAUGUUUUAUAAUACAGUAACUUUUGUUGAUGUACUGUCCUUAUCGAGCGUGUUCUCCGUUUAUUUGAUCUUACUUAGAUGUGGUUUCGA